CCUAUACGACAUUGGCAGUUACUGGUUGGAAUGGAACGUCACUCAGCCUUGCUGAUAGCGAUAAAGCUUGGACGGUGCACCUUCCGACAGGCAACUUUUUUUCGCGACUAAGUCUUCGCCGAUUAUACUUAGCCUAAGUCCCAGUCGCGACGCGCAUAGCACUUGCCUUGCGACCUACGAAUCGCCAAUUCACCUUAAAUGGAGGUUGCAUUUCCCAUGCACCUUCUUUAAUAAUUCUUAGACCCCAUCUCGUACCUUGGUACUUGGUAAUCGUCGACAAUUCCAAUCAGUCCCGUCGAUAAUCUUGAACCUUCACCUUCACACAACUUCAACCAACCACGCCGUCGAAGGACAAAAGUUGUCCUUCCCAUCAUCAGUUCUCAAUCGCUUUUGUCCUUCACAUCUCUCCGCCGGCUACCUCAGCCGUCAUCACGAUGGCGUCCUCGUCGCGCAAUGGCGAGCAUCGCUCCAUUCACCAGGAUUUCAUCGCCAGAAUCCGAUUCUCCAACGCCCUACCGCCUCCCCCUUUCCCGCCCAAGCUGCUCGACGUUCCGAACACCGGUCUCGCUAGUAAUCGAUACACCGCUAUAGAGUUUGCUUCGAGACUUGCCAGAGAGCAACCUCUGAACAUCGAGGCCGAUGCGGAGCUAGGCAUGCCGUUGGAUCUGGUGGGAAUGCCAGGCAUCUUCGACGGUGACGAGAGUUCCAUCCAAGCACCAGCACAACAGCCGGCCAUCCACCCACACGAUCGCGCCCUACUCAGACCCCCUGGAACUCUGGGUCAGCCCAAAAUCCACGAAUCCAAUGUAUCCUUCCUCCGCCGAACAGAGUACAUCUCCUCUGUAUCCGCAAAGCGCAGUACCCCUAGCGCUCUUAUUAGCAGCAAACCGGCCCCUAAGCGGCCUUUGAAACGACCUUCACCAGACCGGGAUGCCGAUUCGCCUGCCCAAAUCAAGCGGAAGAUAGACCAGGGCUUUGCUGUCGCGGCUGCCAACCUAAAGGAUAAGAGCCGGGUUAAGCACCCGUCGAACCCUAAUGCCAAGCUCGUCGACGCCUUCCCUCUAGUCCCCGAUCUAGACGCCUUCCCCGACUCCGGUGCUUACGUGACGUUCAAGUUCACUCACAACCCUCUUCCGCCGACACGGUCAUACGAUCGACGGCUCCUCAGCGGUAUCCUCAAGCCUAUUAGCAAGAGCGAAGCUGAUGAGCAAGCCUUCACGCUGGCCAUGCAGGCGCACGAGCGGGACCCGCAGCGCGUGCCGAAGCCGCAGAAUUUGAUGGACUACGAUUUCUUCCUGAACGACAGCGUCGAUACUUCAGAGCGCUUCCGCCAGAAGUUUGACAUUGAGAAUCCGGACCAUGAUGACGAUGCUUUGUACACGCACAAGAGCGGCGGCAAGCCUGCCUUCCUGUUCCCGCGCGUGCGUACGUACGAGACUUCCCAGGAGCUCGAGUUGAACAACCAGACCAAGUACGAUGAAGAGGUCGUGCUGUCGUUCAACGAUGACGAGACCACGGACCAGAAGGCUGCAUUCUAUUACCCCGUCAUGCAGCGCAGCAUUAUCAAGCCUCAACGGGCCAAGAAGAUCGCCCGCACCAUAGGACUGGUGCCGGCGGGCGUGGACAUACAUGGCCCCCGAGCAUUGGCAGAUGCGGUCGUAGGCGUAUUAGGAAUAUCAGACCCACGACUGACUUAAUUGUAUUGGGGGCGAGCUUAGGUUGCUUGGAGAUAAGUUGAGUUGCACAUGCUUCAUACAGAGAGGAACGUUAAGUUCUCUCACCUUGCUAGGUUACUAUGGAGUUGAUGAGUUAGGAAUCAAGGAAUCAAUGGAAAAUCCCCGAAAUUCAGCUGAGUGUGAUAUUGGUAUAUUUGGGCUACAAUUAAGACCGUUAAGGGGGUUGUCUCUUGGAGGCUUGGUUAUAGUCGAGGGGACUAAGGGGUUCAUACUGUAUAACGCGGUCAAGUUCUACUUCAGUAACUGGCAAGAAUAGGUAGGAAACAAAUGGGCACUUUCUGUUAAAUACCUAGGUAUCCAGGUAGAAGCCAAAUACUCCCAGAUAUCUCUAGGGGGUUUAAUGCACAGCAGAACACCAAGCCGCCU